AUGGCGCUGUGGUGGUGCGCCAAUGUCUUCUGCAGGUCGGCUGCAGCGUGGUUUCCCCUGCUCUUCUCAUCACUGCUAUGGCAAACGAUCUCCCCCGUACAUGCCAUCCCGCCCUGCCCACGGAGCUGCAGCUGUCCGGGCGUUAAAGAGGUCCACUGUACGUUCAGACACCUCACCGCGGUACCAAAAACCUUCCCUAAAGACACAGAGAGGCUCAACCUCGGUUAUAACAGCUUGACGGAGGUGGAGGGCUCAGAAUUUAGGUCACUACGGCAACUGGAAAUGCUCAUGUUGCAUGGCAACGACAUUAGCACAGUCCACCCUGGGGCAUUUUACAGCUUGAGAUCACUACAGAUCUUGAAGUUGAGUUACAACAAGCUCAAAUCGGUGAACCAGGGUCUGUUUGAGGGCCUUGCUUCUUUGAUCCGUCUUCAUCUCGACCACAACCUCAUCGACUUUAUAGAGCCAUACUCCUUCUCUGGUCUGAGCUCCCUAAAACUCCUGCAGCUGGAGGGGAACCUUCUCAAAGAGAUCCACCCUCAUACCUUCAUAACAGUGUCACUACUAGGAAGCUUUUGGACCUCUGGACUCAAACACUUACACCUAUCGGACAAUCUGUUGGAGCAGUUUCCUGCCGCAGCACUGAAGACAGCUCCCCGGCUUGAGAUCCUCUCUCUACAUGGUAAUCCCUGGACCUGUGACUGUCAGCUCCACUGGUUGAUAGAAUGGAGCUCCACACAUGAAGGCAUUAUAAAAUGCAAGAAGGAACGUGGCUCCAGUGAAACUUGCGCCCAGUGCUCCUCUCCCCAGCCACUGAAUGGGACCCAUUUGCUAGGACUGACUCCGGACAAGCUCACCUGUGAGCGGCCAGCUCUUCGCUCGGCCCUCAAACAGUGGGACAAUCCAGUGUGGGCUGAAUCUGAAUCAGAGCCUGACCUACCGUACACCCGUGACUUUGAGAAGCCUUUAGGCCAUCUGACCUUUGUUCUCUCCGACAGCCAUGCAAACAGUGCUCACGUGGCGUGUGAUGUGCGACACCCUGGAGACAGUUCACCCAUGACUUGGACCGUAAAUCCGCAUUCACCCGGGGAGUUGUCCGUCAAUGUAUCACUAGUGACUGUCCUUGAGUGUGAAAUUGAUCGGGAGACGUUGCAAAAUCUAUGGCAAUUGGUCGCAUAUUACUAUGAAAGCCCUGCUAUCCUGGAGAGAGGUCAGCUAAGAGGAAAUGCAAGCAGAGUAACCUAUCAAUAUGUCCAAGCCGUAAAUGAAAAUUCCCCAUAUUUUACCGAAUUAAAAGGGUACUUGGUAGCAGAACCCUCAUGGCUGCUUCAACCCAGAGUCACUUUGCGGCUCAACAGACAGCAGACAACAACCAAGAAACUGGUCAUGGAUUUCACUACUGUGAUUACCAAGCACAUCAACAGCCAUAGAGGUUCGGAAGACGACGAUGACCAAGCCAUGUCCUGGGCUCUAAUUCGCAGAGGAACAGCAGGAAGGCUUCAGACUGCUCUCGAAGGUUCAAAGGUUCAUUUGGAGUGCAGUGUUGUCUCUUCAGAUUCUGAAGUGAAAGUGGAGUGGAUGCUUCCAGAUUUGUCCAUUGUGGAAGAUGUAACUGAUAAAAUUGAAAUUUCUGAAAGAGGAGAACUUGUGAUUUCAAAUGCCACACUGUCAGAUUCAGGCCUUUACCACUGUAUGGUCAGGACCAAAGCCGGUGUAGACCUGAUACCUGUGAGGCUUACCAUCAAAGAACUCUCACUCGGCCCAACCGCUAUCAAUGGUCAGAAAAUUGUAGUUGAAAAGGGACACUCUUUUUUUCUCCCGUGUGAGGUGACCUCAGUCCAGCCCAGUCAAACUAUGUGGUACCUACCCAAAAACCAAAUUCUUCUUCCCACGCAACAGACAAGACGGACAGAAGUGAUGGAAAAUGGGACUUUGGUGGUAAGGAGAUUGACACAGGAAGAUGCAGGGGAAUACACCUGCUUGACCUCAAAUCUGUAUGGAGUUGACAUGCUGUCACACCAGGUGGAAGUUAUAGGAGGAGAAAAGGCUUCUGAUAGAUCCAAAGUACAGACUGCAAAAGAACAGCAGAUUUUGCCAGUGGGCGUUGAGGAAGGAGAGGGUUCAGGAGGAGAUUACCAGGAAAUUAUACGUCCUUUUGCCACGCAGUUCCCUAAGAAGGUAGGAACACAACAAAGGAAUCAUAAUGGGUUUUCAAAAAGGAUAAGAAUUAAAGAUUCAAAGAGAAAACCCAAUAAAUCUGUUAAAGAAUUAGAUCCAAAUCGUUGGGCAGAGAUAUUGGCUAAAGCUAAUGCUAAACCAAGUGUUGCUCUGCCCACAGAGCAGUCACUUCCAGAGCCCAGCACUGUAACUAUCCAAGCAAGUACGUCCAAACCUGCUACGACAACUGCUACAACAUUUUCCACUAAUGCGAACAACUUACCCUCUGCUACCCCUCCUGAUGUCAGGAUAGAGCCAACACGUUUCCCGAUUAAAACAAAAGCUAUGACAGAACCCCAUUCUACAGGGAGGAAAGGGGAUCAUUCUGAGACAUCAGAAAGUCAACCAGAGGUUUUACAACUUCCACCUCCAAGAAGUACAGAACCAACCCCCCACCGUGUUGGUGGGAUGGCAGAAAAAGCAGAAGCUGUCACAGACCAUUCUGUAGUUGUAACUCCUCAGCCAGUUGAUCAGUCGGAAAGUAGGCACUCUGGAGAGGGGAGAAGGAACAACAUACUCGUACCUGGUCAGUCAAACAGGAGAAAGCCUCCUUAUAGACGUAGAAAACCCCCAAUGAGAAGAGUCCGUCCACAAGGACACCCCUUCUACCAAUCAUCAAACAAGCCCCAAACAACAGUUCCCCCAACAACCAUCACACCAACAACACCAACAACUACUACGACUACUACUACUACUACUACUACUACUACUACUACUACGACCACUACUACUACUACAACAACACCUGUUCCAACCACAGUGGAGAACCAUGAAACAUUAUCUGCUGAGUAUCAGACAGAGGAAGAUGAAGGGGAAUACUAUGAUGAAUAUAAUUACAAGGAUAGUGGUAGUCUAGAUGGCAAGGAAGAUUUAAACAGUGAAACCUCUCAUGCCACUCAUGAUCUUGACAGUAGGCUUACCACAUUACCAUCAGCUAGAGAAAAAGAUGUAGGUAGUUUUCCGCUUAAUCCAACGACAAUUGUCACUUCAAAACUCGAUAGUACCCCUCAUCCAACUGAAAGGCCUGUUGCAGAGAAGGAGACACACACUGUAAAGCUAAAGGAAUCUGAGAGACAGAGGGUGGAGAUUAGAAAGCAAACGGAAAAAAAGGGCCGAGACAAUGAAGAUCUAACAGGAGAGAGUGAGAGGGAGGUAAUAACAGCAAUGGAAAGGGAAGAAACACGCAAAAUAGACUCAGAAGGCAGUGAGAAAGACUCAGAAGAAACAAAAAAGAAGUGGGUUACAGAGAGCUACAAUCCACGGGACAGCAUCCGGUUAACCUCACAAAAUAAACCACGACCUAACACUCGACCUUCACCGGAACAAAAUACACCAACCCAAGCAAGAACUUCAUCUACCUCACAUUCAGCAAGAGGCAGAGAAAAAGAACUCACACAAAAAGGGGAUAAAGACGUAAACAAACCAAAAGUGAAGCCUGAGUUCCACAGAUUCCCAGUAAUGGAGCCGGUUCACCCCUGGCUCCAUCAGAUCCAACAGGGAGGAGGGCAAACCACUGCUUCCAGGACAACACACACAAACCAAGAGAGAAAUACACCAAGGCAAGGCGAAGUGAAUCCUGGCAGGCAUUCCCAGCCUCCCAGAGUCCCCCCGACCUCCCUCUGGCCUUCACACCAUCAUUUCUACCCACAUUACCCUUCCUGGCCUGGUCAAAGGUCAUUUCCUCAUCCAAGGCAAGGUCCUGGGUCCCACCCUGUGCCCACGCAUCGACCCUGGCCUCUCCCCCACCCCUGGGCUCAAAGCCUGGUUGUCACUAACCGACCAGAGAUCACCGCAGAAACAGUGAAGCCCACACCUACACUCUCUGGAACAACAGGAAAUUCCAGAGUAACACUCUCUAAUCCCCAUCUGUCACAUCAUCAUCACCAUCAUCAAAAUCCCCAGGUGGAUGGCAGGAGCCAAACCAGAGACCAACUGUUUCUAUCAAGGUUGAGGAACAGAUACAGACAGGCACAGCUCGAACGCAUCGCUCAGUUAGGGAGGAUGGUGACACCCAAACCUCGCAUUAGCUACCACAAUCCUUCAUCCUCCAUCACGCCUAAACCCAACCCUCCGUCUCGACAUAGACCCUACACCCCCAAAUCAUCCGCACCCACUGCUUCUUACACUUACAACCUGCAACCUCUGAACCCUGCUAAAUCUUCAUCAUCAUUUUCUGGUUACAAUCCAACCCCUCGUCCAAACCACCCCACCACCCCCCCUGGUGUACUGUAUGGAGGUCAAUGGCCUGUUGGAGCAGGAAGACUCAGCUCCCGGUGGCCCACAGCUGCACCUCCUUUCCCAAGGGUGUUGGGAGCUGGAAGUGGUGGGCUGAAGCCCCGUAUUACCACGGUGACCACGGCUAGUGUGUCAGUACUGGCGGAGAGUGAUGUGUUCCUGCCUUGCAAAGCAACAGGAAAUCCUGAACCCAACAUUGCAUGGACCAAAGUCUCCACAGGUGCCACAAUCCCAGCCAACACCAAGCAUGGUCCCCGUUUUGAAGUCUUCAAAAAUGGAACUUUUAUCAUUAAAAACAUCCAACUCCAGGAUAGAGGCCAGUACCUCUGCACGGCCCAGAACAGCUUUGGAUCAGAUCGCAUGGUCAUCACCUUAGCUGUCCAGACCGAGGCACCAAAAAUCCGGCCUCCCAAGUCCACAGAUAUAGCAGUCUACUUUGGUAAAAGUGUGACUCUUGACUGCCUUGCUUCGGGUAAACCACCUGCCCAAAUUUCCUGGAUUCUUCCGGACAGGACGUUUGUGCGUGAAGUCGGGACUGUUCACACUCCCCUUUCUCCGAUGUCUCUGCUUCAAAAUGGAACCCUGCAGAUGCACUCUCUCAAUUUCUCCAGCAAAGGGGACUAUAAAUGUAUCGCAAGCAACGCAGCAGGUGCCGAUACAAUCACUUAUCAUCUCCAUGUGGCAGCUCUGCCGCCAAGCAUCAGUGAAGGAGCAAUGGAUACUGUGAUCAUUCAGCCAGGCAGGAGUGUGUAUGUUCACUGCUCUGUGAAGGGUGAACCGGUGCCUGCUCUGAAAUGGACGCUCCCGGGAGGCGCCCAUGUAAAACCGUCACAGUUUCUUGGACGCAGGCUGUUUGUCUUCCCCAAUGGAACGCUGUACGUGAAGAACGUUUCACCAGCUGAUGCUGGGAGGUAUGAGUGUUUGGCCACCAAUGCUGUAGGCAUGGCCAAAAGAACAGUCCAGCUGGAUGUGAGGGCAGAUUCCCCCUCCUUCCCUCGCCAGCCUCCUCCUCCUCUUCCCAUCCCUCCAACCCAACGCCAUGGUGUGCCAUCCCGACAGCACUCUGUCUCAGCUAUGUACGGUUCUGCUGUCUACCUCCACUGUCCAGAGUCUACUGGAUCCACAAGAGGGACUGUCUGGCAGCUACCCUCCAAGUCCAUCAUGGAACAUCGAUACAGUCCGGAGAGACCAAUUAAAGUUUUCCGUAAUGGGACUCUGAGGAUACUUCAGCUUACAGAGCUGGAUGGUGGAAAUUAUCUGUGUGUCUUUCAGCGGCCCAAUGGGGAAGACAUGGAGCUCUUCCAGGUUGAUGUGUUAAUGACCCCUCCCAGAAUUGAACAUGUGAGGACUGCACAGACCAGGGUCACCUUUGGAGAAAAUUUCCAGGUGGACUGUGUUGCAACAGGCCUCCCUGAUCCAGAAGUUACUUGGAGUCUCCCAGAUGGAACUUUAAUCAACAACGCCCUCCAAUCGGACGACAGCGGCCUUCGCAACCGCCGCUAUGUUAUUUUCGGCAAUGGGACUUUACUUCUCCAGCAAAUGGGCAAAAGAGACGAGGGUGACUACACUUGUUUUGCCAAGAACAAACUUGGCAAGGAUGAAAGAAAAGUGAGCGUCAAAGUGGGACCAAACGCUCCGAAAAUUACAUUGAAAUCACAAUCACUGGUAACGGUAAAGUUAGGAGAAUCAGCUAAGUUGAGUUGUCAGGCAACAGGUGAACCGACACCAAAAAUCAUGUGGAUCUCACCCAGAAAUGAUGUGAUAUCUUUGUCAUCAGACAAAUUCCAGAUCAUGGGUGAUGGGAUGUUAGUGGUGAAAAAAGUGAUAUUGGCUGACGAAGGUAAAUAUGCAUGUGUGGCACGGAAUUCUGCUGGUGAUGAUGUCAAAAACAUGAAACUUGAAGCUGAACUCCAGGAACCCUUUAUUAAUGGCAUGAAAGGGAGGAGCACCACAAAGGUUCUGGCUGUUUCUUACCAAACAGCGCUCCUGGAUUGCAAAGUGGAAGGGAAACCCGAACCAAGAGUUUGGUGGGUUUCUCCUUAUGGGCAUUCGCUGCCAACACCCUACCUGGGUGGUCGCUUCCAAGUCCACCGGAACGGGAGUUUGGAGCUGAGAGGGGUGAGGAAAACCGACGAAGGGAGGUACAUGUGUCAGGCCAAGAACAAUCUGGGUGAAGCCUCACUUGUGGUUGAAUUAGAAGUGGCAUCCAUUGCAGAGAAACCAAGUUUUGCUGUUCCCAAUAUUGAAAUCUUACCAAUAAAGCAAGACGUUGGUGAAUUGAUUCUGGAGUGCCCCGCUCGUGGCAAGCCAAACCCAGAGUUUGCAUGGGUUCUACCCAAUGGGACGAUGUUAACGCCUGGUGUAAAACUCCAACGCUUCACACAUCAUCUUGGUAACGGAACUCUAAAGAUUUCUCAACCGGUUGCAAGUGAUAAGGGAGUCUACCGGUGCCUUGCAAAAAAUAUGGCAGGACAAGCAGAGAAACGAUACGCGCUGGAUUCGGGAAGAAAGCCAGUAAUCAGAGGAUCUACAGGUGGUAUGAAGAUCACUUACGGCCUCAAUCUAAACUUGCCCUGCACAGUGGACGGCUGGCCACAGGCAUCAAUCACAUGGACCCUACCUAAUGGUCUUGUUUUGGACAAACCUCAAACCAUUGGCCGGGUAUUUCUUUUUGCCAAUGGGACCCUCCAACUCAGGCAGGUUGCCACCUUCGACAAAGGAACAUACAUCUGUAAAGCUUCCAACUCUUUUGGUUCGUCAACACUAUCUUACCCAGUUUCAGUGAUGGUUUUCCCACCACGUAUCACCACUACGCUGACCUCAAUUACAAGGGUCAACCGUGGAGCUCCAGUGAAGUUAAAUUGUGUUGCGACUGGUAUUCCCAAGCCGGAUAUUUCGUGGACGCUGCCUGGACGCACAACGCUGGUUCCACAUAACCGGUUCACGGUGCAGGGAGGGAUUCACAUGACGGAGGAGGGCAGUCUGGUCAUACAGAACCCAAUGCUCAUGAACUCUGGCAUUUACAAAUGCAACGCUAAAAACGCACUCGGCACAGACUUCAAAUCUACUUACCUACAAGUGGUCUGA